GUCUGCCCAGUCUGGGCCUCCUUCAUCUGCCCCUUCAACCCCCCAACCCUAUGGGCACCCUCAGGCCCUCGGGGCCGUAAGAACACCUUCCUCUGCAUGAUUCAUCACGGAGUAAAGAAUGAAAUGACCUCAGUAGCAUGUUUAUCAUCAUCAAACAUGGAGACAAUCAAGAGUUUCUGGUCAAUACCAAUUGCUCUGUCCUCCUGUUGCUACAUUACACCAGAAAGAAAAUGGGAUUACGGAAAACAGACACCAUUGAUUUGUGUGAUGAAUCGGGGACCAUGAAGUUACUCUUCCUGUCAAAGACACCUGGAGACUAUGCCAGCAAAUUCCUUACAGCUCGAAAUACCUACUAUGUUUGUAAAGUGGAGCGUGGGGCACCAGGUACCAGAAUUGAGAAUUCCUACAAAGCUAUUGUGCCCCUCCUGAAGAAUCCAGAACCUGAACUAGUUGAGUCACUGCGAACACAAUGUGACUUCCUGGAGAGGAGCCGAAUAAAGAUGCUUAGAACUCUGGAAGCCAAGAGACUGGCAGCCAUGGAAUCCUCUGUAAAUCUCCCGGCAAGAUCUCCCAAGAGUAGCGGAACCCAGCAGACUCCCAGCCCAAGCAGCCAACUGAAGUCUAAAGGUGCACGAUCAGAUGAAGACGGGCCACCUUCCACCCGCAGACCAUUCUACAAGACUAGAGCAGACUUUCUCAAAAGACAUCGUUAACUCAAUAAAAUGACCAAGUGAGAGCAGCAACU